GCCCUCCCUCUCCUCCGCCCGCCCAUGUCUCCGGCGGCCUCCCCCCUCCCGGGCGUCAUGACCUGCAGCAGUCUGCGCACCGCCGGCUCGCACCCGACCGCCACCGCCACGUCCGCCGUGGCCGCCGCGUCCCCCGCCGUGCGCGCCGUCUUCUCGGGCGCCGUGGCGGGCGUCGUGGCCGACUCGGUCGUGCACCCGCUGGAGGUCAUCAACCUGCGCAUGAAGAUCCAGCAGCAGCCCAGCGCCAAGUACAGCGGCAUCCUGCGCUCCGUGCGCACGAUCCUCAAGGAGGAGGGCGUGCGCGGCUACUUCGGCGGGCUCAGCACCACGCUGCUGGCCUCGCCCGUGUGUGCCGCAAUGUACUUCGGCACGUACGAGACGAUCAAGGCCACGGCGGCCCCCAUGGUGCCCGAGGAGCAGCGCGGCGUCGUGUACUUCCUGGCAGGGGCGGCCAGCGAAGCCAUCAUCUCGGCCAUCAGCGUGCCGUCCGAGGUCAUCAAGUCGCGGCUGCAGCUGGGGCGCAACCCGCGCAACGCCAGUGGCGGAGUGGUCAAGUACACGCAGAACUACAGGGGCACAGCCCACGCGGCCAAGUCUAUCUUGAAGUCGGAGGGC